AUGGAGGGGACUGCAAAUUGCGUGAACAAGUCCGACACAAUCCCUGCAAAUAAGGUAUCCAAGCCACUGAUGGAGAAGAAACGAAGGGCUCGUAUAAACAAGUGUUUGGACCAGUUGAAAUGUCUUCUGGAGAGUCACUACAGCAGCAGUAUUCGGAAGCGCAAACUGGAAAAGGCUGACAUCUUGGAGCUGACCGUGAGACAUUUGAAGUAUCUUAAGAAAUCUCAGGCCUGUAACGGGGAGCUCUCGGACUACCAGAAAGGCUUCCACAGCUGCCUGGCCAACUUCAACCGCUACUUACUGACGGAUGACAAAGUGGCCGAACGAGAACGCAUCAAGUUGGCCUUGCCCCGAGGCAAACUGGCGGACAUCUUCAGGACCCCGGACAGCGGCGCAGAAAUGGCCAGCAGAGGAGAGGACGACCAGGCGACCCCGCGGAGGAUCCACGACGCUUCUCACUUUCGCCAGCGCGGUCAAAGCGAGACCAGGUGGCGGAGGGCCACGCAGCAAGUGGCCACAGCGCGCGGCCUGGUCGCUGGGUCCACGAUAGACGCUCAAAGGAAACCUCAGUCCAAAAGUCUUGAAGUGGGAAGCCCCCGGCACAUCAUGUGGAGACCUUGGUAG